UUUAAUUUGUACCAGUGGAUGGGAAAAUUUUAAAAUCAGACUGAAUUUGAUCAUCCAGGAGAGGACUAUGAUGGACGCUUGGAUACGAUCACUAGUUGAAGCCGUACAUUCGACCCCCACUCAGGUCGUCCUCCAUCUCUCCGGCGGCGCCUCUCAGGCGCUGGGCUUGUUGAUGUCAGUGCCUGGUGCUACAAAUACAGUGCUUGAAGCUGUGGUACCCUACUCCAGAAUGUCCAUGAUUCAAUUACUUGGCAAGAUUCCUACACAUUAUUGUAGCCGGCAAACAGCAGAGGAAAUGGCUUUAUUGGCUUACAAUCGCGCCCUGAAGCUCUCAAGUCCUGGUUCUCCAGUUCUUGGUGUGGGUUUUACUGGUUCUCUAGCUAGCACACGGGCCAAACUUGGUGAUCACAGAUUUUACUUGUCAACAAGAACAUCUGACCGACUUUGGGUAUCUACCGUUACCUUGUCAAAGGGUUUGCGAACUAGAGAGCAAGAAGAUACCAUUUCAAGUCAUCUUGUACUUAAGGCCAUUGCAAAUGCAUGCAAAGUCCAGGCAACUUUUGUUUCUCAUUUGACUGAAUCUGAUGUGUCUGAUGAUUUUGAAAAACAAUUUACUGAAGAUGAAGAAUUGGAACAGCUUAUAAAUGGGCAAAUAUGCUUUAAGGUUUAUCCAUUUUCCAGUGUGACAUAUACAUCGAAUGAAGAGAGAAAGAUAAUACUUCCUGGUUCUUUCAAUCCCUUGCAUGAAGGCCACCUCAAGCUCUUGGAAGUUGCUACAAGCAUUUGUGGCAAUGGGUAUCCAUGCUUUGAGAUCUCAGCAGUCAAUGCUGACAAACCUCCAUUAUCAGUAUCACAAAUCAAAGAUCGUGUCAAGCAAUUUGAAAUAGCUGGGAAGACCGUGAUUAUUUCCAAUCAGCCUUUUUUUUAUAAGAAAGCUGAGCUUUUCCCUGGCAGUGCUUUUGUAAUUGGUGCAGACACAGCAGCAAGGCUGAUUAAUCCGAAGUACUAUGAUGGAAACUAUGGAAAGAUGCUAGAGAUACUCGUUGGAUGCAAGAAUACAGGAUGCACAUUCCUUGUUGGCAGUCGUAAUGUAGAUGGGGUUUUUAAGGUUCUUGAAGACUUUGACAUUCCAGAGGUGUUAAAAGACAUGUUUGUCUCAAUACCAGCUGAACAGUUCCGCAUGGAUAUUUCGUCCACUGAGAUUAGAAAGAGGAGUGGGAUGUGAGUUCAACAUGCUGCAACAUUUACCUAAUGUAAGGUUGUUGUAAUGCUGAUGAAGAAAAUAAAUGUGCAUCUAAACACAUCAGCCAAUAUUAUCCUCCACACGUCUUCUGCAUGUUAAACACCUGUGUAUACAGAUUUAGGCGAGUCGGACCAAAAUCUUGGUAGUCUACAAUGAAAAUAAGAUCGAUUAUUCCAGUGAACUGUCUUUAUCUUUGCACAUUUUGGCAAUUACGAUGGUAUCUGGUUUGUA